AUGAAGCUGACUUGCGAUCGUUAUGUGCAUUGUAAUGGUAAUUCCAGGUGUGGAACAUCACUCAAAGGCGAGUUAGAAGUUACCUUUCACCAUGGGAAGACAAAACAUGAUAUUUUUAGCGAAUCUAGUGAACAAAUCAAACCUUUAACAAAAGAGGAGAAAGAACAAAAGGUAAUGGAGAUGAGGGAGAAGAUCAGAGUUGCGAUGGCCAGAAAGCAGGAGAAAGAGGAACAAGAAGCAAAUGAAAAGGAAAGGAAGCGAAGACUGGAUGGACGAGCUACUGCAGAUAUGUUAGAGCGUCGGCGAGAACUAGAGAUGAAACAGGCAGCGGAACAACGGAGAAGGGAUAAGCAGGAGGCAACAGAGGCAAAGAAGCGGAUACUGGAGGAAAUAAAACGUGAUCGUGAAGCUUUUAAAGAUGGCCAGAAAAGUCCUGCCAGUAAUGUUGUUCCUACCCAAAAGCCAGCACCUGUAAAAAAUACUUCAUCUAAUACAGAUCAUUGCAACCUGCAGAUACGUCUUCCAAAUGGAACAACGAUGAAAGAAAAGUUCAAGUCGACAGAAACGUUGGCCGCUGUGAGAGUAUGGAUCGAAGUUAACAGGCAGGACCCCGAAGAGUUUCAUUACCCUUUCGCUUUAAUGGUACCAUUCCCCCACCAAACGUUUACAGAGGACGACAUGGAAAAGCCGUUGAACGCCCUAGGUAACUUAUUUCUAAUGCCUCACAUCACUCUCUCAAGCACUAAUCGGUUUUCAGGCCUGGUCCCAUCUGCAUGCCUCGUCGUGGCGCGAGCCAAGAGUUUUUGA